AUCAAGAUGUUGGAUUGGGGCCCGGUUUUUGUGUCCGUGGUGCUCUUCGUGUUAUUCACACCCGGAUUACUGUUUCAGCUUCCAGGACACAGACGCUGCGUUGAGUUUGGCAACUUUCAGACAAGCGGACCGGCCAUCUUGAUUCAUUCGUUGCUUUUCUUUGGUUUCGUUUGUCUCUUCUUGUUCGCCGUUAAGAUCCAUUUCUACAUUAGUUGACUAAAACCAAAGAUCUCAUAAUCCUAUAGUUUCCUAUGUUUUUCAUAUUGUGUGUAGUUUUCAAAACUAGUAUAAUCUUUGCAUGUUUUUUAUGAGUGUGAUCUUAUUGGGUAUGUUAUGUAUUUUUUUUAUAUAUGGAUGUGUGUAUAUGUGUGUUCAUGCAUGCAUGAGACAUAUAUGUAUAUGUUAUUAAUUAUAAUAUAUAAAUCCUAUAUAUGUUCAAAAGUAAGAG